GAAAAACAAAGGUUGGUUUAUUGUAAAUACGUGGCUCUUUAAAAAUGAACGCUUUUAUUUGUGCGAACUGGUAAACCUGUUCAUCUUGCUGGUUUCCGAGUAAAAAUGCUGCCUAAAUUUGAGAGAAAUUGCGUUUUGAACGUUUUUGAAUUUUCAUACCAUUUUUAUUUAAUUUAAUUGUCUUAUCGAUAAAUUCACAUAACCUAUUUUGUGACAGCUGCCAUGAACUUCCAGCAAGAAGCCACGAAAAUUUACACUGUUCGAGUAAAGUCAACUGGGCAAGAAAUCACUUUCGGUGUAUCAACUGGCGAAGAUCCUCCACCGAAGAUUCGUCUUUAUCAUGAGAAUAAAUCGAUAGCUGUGUUCAUUUACAGCAAACAAGAAGAUUCGUACUCAGAAUUGCCUGCAGAAAAAUUGGAUAAGUUUGACCUGGAAUUGAUGAGCAAAGAAUGCAGUGCUAAUCGUAUUAGGGGAGAUGAAAGAUCAGAAAGGCAGCUUGCAAAACUUCAAAAGAAAUUGAAAGAGAGAAAUAAUAAAGAGGAUGACGAAUAUUGUUUUGCAGGAAUGGUGCAAGUUAAAGUUGAUCCUUCAUUUCCACUUCCUACAGGAAAUAAUGUUAAGAUUGAAGUGGAUAAUUUAAAGAUAUUGGAGGCACCUCAGGCAACAUCUUCAUCUCCAACAUCAGUUGACAUAUGUUGGAAAGAUAUUGUUUUAAGUAAUGAACAUUUGGUCAACUCUAUGUUUGACCUUGAGAUGUCUAAGUCCAAGAACUUAACAUUUCAAAAUGUCUACAGUGGAUUUGAAAAAUCUUACCUUAAAACUGGUCUGUUGCCUGGAACAAAGUACUAUUUUCGACUUCGAGCUUCAAAAGAUUCUGUCAAAGGACCAUACUCACCUGAAGUUUUCGUCGUAACGAAAGCUGAUGUCCCUACAACACCAGAUAUUCCUUAUGUAUCAAACAAAACAAAAAAUCAUUUCGUGUUGAAAUGGACGAUAAAGAGCGACAAUGGAUCACCUAUAACAAGCUAUAUCCUUCAGUGGGACAAAGGUCACGUAGAUGGUCAAUUUGAAACAUUGUAUAGUGGUGUAAAAAAGCAGUAUAAGUGUAAUCAUAAAUUCCCGCCGAAAACUACCUGCCGUUUCCGUGUAAAAGCGAUAAAUGAGAUUGGAGAAAGCGAAUUCAGUCCGGAAUUGUUCUUCGUUUCGAGUGCCGGAGUUCCAUCUUCUCCUGAUCCUCCAUCUUUAAAAAAGCAACAGCAUCUUCGUUGGAACUGUCUUGGAAACCUCCCAAUGACAAUGGCGUGCGUUCGUUUAGCUGAAAUCAUAAGCUACACACUGCAAAUGGACGAUGAGCUUCAGGGGUAUGGUUUCUUGCCUGUCUUUUUGGGUAGUCAAGAGACUUGCAUUGUGCAUGAAAACCUGAAGCGUAAUACAUCCUACAAGUUCAGACUAUCAGCCACAAAUCUUGAAGGUGAAAGCAAAUGGAGUGAAACUGUCACGAUUGCAACAAAAUGUGAACCACCAAAUCGUAUGCUUCCUCCGGUUUUGGAAGGACAAGCUCAUGCGAAACAUUUCACAGUUUCUUGGGUUGGGCCAAGUGACAAUGGUGGGAGCGAGAUUGCCAGUUAUACCUUGGAAUUGGAUGACGCAAAAGAUGGCCCUUUUCAAAAUGUUUAUGAAGGUUUAGGAACUUAUUUCAAAGUUCAAGGCCUUUCUCCUGGUCAUUCUUAUAAAGUACGCGUUCGUUGUUCUUCUGUUGAAUUCAAAAGUGAGUGGUCUGAUGUUGUAAUCAUUCAAACGAUGCCAGUUGUUCCUGAUCCACCUUCUCCACCACGUCAGUCAAAGAUUCAAAAAGCACAAAGCUGUAAUAUUUAUCUGGAAUGGGAUGCUCCUUGCUAUGACGGUGGUUCUCCUAUUACAAAUUACAACGUACAAAUGCAAGGACCAUUGGACCAAGAUUUCCGUCAUGUUUACUUUGGUGACAAAACACAUUGUGCUGUUUAUGAAGUCAAGCCGAAUACAGAGUACUUAUUUCGUGUUCGCUCCCAAAACGUAGCUGGCGAAAGCAAGUUCAGCAAAGUUUUACGUUUAUGCUCCGGUCCUGGUCCACCAGAAAUUAUAGAAGAUGUUUAUGCUGUGUCUCGUUCAUCAAGUGCCAUUGAAAUAUCUUGGAAGCCUCCAAAAACAAAUGGUAGUCCAGUUACUAGUUACUGCCUUCAAUAUUCAACGGAUCCAAAUGGAUCAUUUGAAAAGGUAUUUGAAGGUGACUCAGAUUAUUUUCAGUUAAAGAAAAAUAUCUUACCAGCAACUGUCUAUUACUUUAGGAUCAAGGCAUGCAGUCCUGUUGGAAACAGUCAGUGGAGUUUAAUAACUUCUUGCCAAACAGGAGCUGCUCCUCCUGCUCAAGUGAACCAUUUAAAAUUGAUUAAUAGUCCUUCCGACCAUGGAUCAAAGAUAAUUUCUUAUAAUAUUGAUAUUGAUGGAAAGAAGCUGAUAUCUUAUGUCGUGAACAAUGACCACCAAAGUGGAAACAGCAAUGGGGUUUUUCGUUAUACUCUUUCUGGUUUAGAAUCGAAUACCCAAUACAGGCUACGGGUUCAAGGAGUAAACAAGUCUGGUUGUGGAGUUCUAAGCUCACCAUUAAUUGGAAUGACGGGAAAAUUACCUCCCGAAGCUCCUAGUUUAACAUUAUCAACCAUUUCAUAUCAAAGUGUUAAACUUCGUUGGACGUGUGUUCAAGUUCAAGGUGACUCAAGAGAUUUAAAGUAUGAUCUGCAAAUGGCGACUUUCGGAGAAGCGUUCGAAAGUGUCUUAAACACCGCUACUUCAUCACACAAACUUGGUAAACUCCAAGAACAAACUCAUUACUCCUUUCGUAUUCGAGCAUCAAACGAAGCUGGAUUCGGGCCAUUCUCGGAAAUUGUUAACUGCGUGACUUCUAUACAACCUCCUUCAACGGUCAAAGGAUUUAGUUACUCCAACAUCACGAAACAUGCUGUAACUCUUGUUUGGAAAGAGGUUCAUCGUAUAAAACCCUCGGAUAUUAUCCAGUACAUCUUGUGUGUGAAAGUAAACACGAACAAUGAAUGGAAACAGAUCUAUAAAGGCUCAGAAAACAUCUUCAAGUAUGGUGAUGUUACGCCUGGCGCAACCUACAACUUUCAAAUUAAUGCCUUACGUAGAAUUGGUUCUGUUGGGGCAAUCAACAAGUUAACUUGCGAAGGUCCUUCUUCAGUUUUAUCGCUGGCAAUCCCUUGUGAUGAAGAAAAAUCUGCUCCCGAUCUCAAAUUAAAUGAAGUAAUUUCUGAAGAAAACGAAGUAUCGAGAGAAAUAUCUGAAAAAACGCUUGCACUGAUAGUUUUUUUUGUUUUUGCUUUUCUUGUACUUUUGAUUUCUUUAUUCGUGUCUUUCUUUUUUACUUAAAUUGUAACUAACCUCAGCAUAAAAUGUUUUAGAAAUAUGUAUGUAAAAUAGUCUAAAAGGCUUCUACACUACGAAUGUGCUUAGGUCUCGCAUGCUUUAAAGAUCAAAUGUAUUUCUUAUGCAUGCAAUAUAAUCACACAACUCUAAUAUCUCAAUCACAAUUCGUGAUAAAAGCCUUUUACCUAUGAAAAGCACAUUCAUAUAAUUUAUCAACAAGUUGUUCGUUGUUGGUAGUAUCGUAUAUUCACACUGUUUGAUUUCGAUUUAGAUGUUGAAGUCGAUGUAUAAGCAUAAUAUCGAAGCAUGUUCAUUGAAAUGUUUAAUCAUAGAAAAACACCCGAAUAGGAUAGAAUACGAUUUUUAGGAGAAAAAAAAGUAAAUGGUUUUCAUUAACUUGCAAUAAAAUUGUAUAUUUUUUGAAAACUUACGUAACUUGCCACAUUAUCUCAUAUGCGGUCAGUGGAUGUAUUUAUAUUUAAUAAAUUAACCUUCAUAACUCUCAAAAUAUGUUAUUUUAGUUGUCUUCUGUAACUUAUAGUAUGGGGAACCUUGAUAAACAUAGUAAAAUAAUGUUGUGAAAAAAA